ACGCAACAGAUAUGGAUACGACAGUCUUGACAACAUUUUGAUAUAUGAUGGCACACGCACAUUCCAACAACUCAUGUGCAGUAUUGUGAGCGAGUCUGGAAGAUUCGUUUGAGAUUAGAACGCUCGAGAGGCAGUGUCUUCAGCAGACUUGCUCACGCCGCACCCCAACUAUGGGUAUCGAAUCCAAGGACAGCGGCAGUCUCUCGACCAAAGAGAUCAACGAAGAUGGAAUUCCGCCAUCACUCACCGAGGACAAUGGCAGGCCUCCAGUCCGAUUCUACCGCCGCACCCUCUUCCAGAUCCUCGUCGUUGGCAUGUGCGCUUUCACCGCACCAGGAAUCUGGUCUGCCAUGAAUGGGCUCGGCGUUGGAGGGUCCGCGUCUCCCGACCUUGUGAAUGCUGCGAAUGCGAUCCUCUACGCCUUCAUGACCAUCACCUGCUUUUUGGGACCUUGGCUCACCAAUCUCAUCGGAUUCAAAUGGACUCUGGCGGUGGGAACGCUGGGCUAUCCUCUCUACGCCGCCGGGCUGUACACCAACAACCGAUAUGGAAACAUUUGGUUCGUUUACGUCGGAGCGGUGGCCUGCGGGAUCAGUGCCGGCUUCUUCUGGAGCGUGGAGGGCGCCAUCGCCACCGGGUAUCCCGAGCAGCAUAAACGCGGGCGGUACAUUGCCACUUGGUUCACGUUCCGCAACAUGGGCAAUCUCAUCGGCGGCUCGAUCUCGUUGGCGAUCAACGUGGACAAUGCGGAGAAGGGCCAGGUCGGGUAUGGGACGUAUUUGGCCUUCAUCGCCAUUCAAUGCCUCGGAUUCUUCUUCGGGCUGCUGUUGUCGAAUCCCGAGAAGGUGGUGCGCGAUGACGGAACAAAGAUCGAGGCACCUAGGGGGAUUAAUGCCAAAACGGAGUUGAAGGCGAUUUGGAAGCUGCUGACGAGCAAGAGUAUCUUGCUGUUGGCGCCGUUGUUCUGGUACUUUGGCUGGAUCCAGGCGUAUCCCGGGACAUACCUGGCCACGUACUUUACCGUGCGCUCGCGCGCUCUGGGCAGCUUCAUGUACGCGAUCAUGGGCACGCUGGCGACAUGGCUCGGCGGCACUCUUGUGGAUGUUCGCUGGGCUAAGAGUCGGAAGGUGCGUGCUAUAACGACCUACAGCGUCAUCGUCGCUCUCAAUUCGGCCACAUGGAUAUGGGCGGUGAUCAUCCAGAACCGCUAUCGCUUCACCAAGCCGACGUUGGACUGGGCGGAUCAAAGCACCUUCGGCGCGGGCUUCGGGCUCUACAUGUUCGAACGGCUGUCGCUCGGGAUUGUUGAGAAUUACAUCUAUUGGUGCAUCGGGAACCUGUCGGACUCGCCGGGUGACCAGAUCCGGUACAGCUCUUUGCUGAGGGGGAUUGAGACGGCGAGUGUUGCAGUCAGCUUUGGCGUGCAGGCGGUCCCGACUGCGCUGAUCAUUACGGCGUCGAUCAACUUUGCGUUCUGGUUCAUCGCGCUGCCGUUCAGUUACUAUGCCACUCUGCGCGUGGUGCGGAAGUUUGACGAGAUAGAAAGAAACGCGAAAUAGGAGGGGUAUGAGUAUGAAAUAGGGAUAGAAUAGAUGCAACGUACAU